UGCUGAAAGGCACCUUACUGAGUGGAAGCUCGCAUGCGCUUGGAGACGACAUUCACCCUUGCGACAUAACAUUGUGGGCGCAGAAUAUCACAAUGCCCCCCAAAGCCACAGACCAGAAGCGAAAACGAGGGCGCCCCUCAAACGCGUCCAGAUCAGCCGACGCGUCGCCAGAUUCUCUCGAAGCUGUAGAAACGCAAGAAGCACCGGCACCAGGAAAACGCGGUCGCCCAAGCAAACGAAAGGAUGUUGAAGUGUCACCUCCCGCCGAGGAACCGAAAACCAAAAAGAGGGGCAGACCACCCCGCGAAGCAGCAGUAGAAGCAGAAGUGGAAGAGGUGAAUGAAGAGGAAUCCGAACCAGCGCAAGCGAAAGCGAAAUCGAAAAAGACCAACAAGAGCAAUUCGAAAGAUAGCGAGGAAGCGGCAGACGAAAAUAGGCCAACAAGUCGAGGAGAGAAAGCCGCCCCACAAGGUAAACCAGGCCGAAAGCCAAGAAAGGAGGCAAACGAGGAGGCCCAGGACGAAGAAGAGGCCGGCACAAGCAAUGCGGUCAAGAAGAAGCGUGGGCGGCAACCAGCAAAGCCUACGGAAGAGGAGGAGGUCGAGGAGGCUGUAUCUCCAGAACCGGCACCCAAGAAAAAGCGCGGGCGACCGUCUCUAGACAAGAAACCAGCGGCCGAAGAACCAUCACAAGCUACCGAGGAGGACGUCGCGCCCAAGAAACGGGGAAGAAAGCCCAAGAAAAAGGCUACAGAGGUCGAAGAGCCUGCACCUGAGGAGGAAGCGGAGGCUGAGGCCGCUCCCAAGAAGAGACGCGGACGUAAGGCAAACAUCACAGUAGAGGAGGUGGAGGAACCACCAGCUGAAGAGGAAUCGGCGGCCGUAAAAAAGCGACGCGGUCGCCCUGCAGCGCAAGCCGAGCCAGAGGCGCAGGGGGCGUCACAAUCAGAACCGAAAGAAGGCCGGAGGUGGAAGGGGAAACAGCCCCAACCGGCGGAGGAGAUUACUGCCGAAAAGCUGACCAAGAAGCGGCGGAAGAAAGGCGAGGAGGAGGAGGAGGAGGAGGAGGAGGAGGAGGAAGCGUCACCAGACACCCAACGUCGCCGGCCCGGCCGUCCUCGAACCUCAGAUACAGCAUCCCCGCAGGACCAAGGCUCGCAAGUGCGAAAAUCCAAGAAACGUCCAACGGAGGACGACGUAGCAGAAGCAUCAGCGCCCGCGAAAAAACGCCGUCGUCGCACGUCUGAUGAAAUCCAACAAGAGAAACAGCAACAGAAGCAGCAACAGCAGCAACCACAAAACGAAGCUCCAAAAACGGUCCGACGGGUCGCCAAACACCGCCACAUCGCCGCCCGCGUCCGCCAAGUCCCCCGCUCCGUAAUAGAAGAGAAAUGGUCCCCGCUCACGAACCCCUCCCUCUCCAUCGUCUCCGAACUCCUCCGCCUCGCCGAGAGACCCGUCCUCCAGCGCAUCCCAGGCAGCGAGAAGCGCCGCGACCAGGCCGCCUCCGCCCUCCACCUCAUCACGAACCGCCUCGUCAAGAAGCUCUCCCGCGGCCUGCCCUUCCCGCCGGCCUCGGCGCCACCUACGGGGGGCAAGAACAGUAGCAGGAAGCUGCUCGACACGGACGGCGGGCGCGUCGAAGAGCUCAAUUUCGAGCGCGUCAUCGAGGGCGUCGCGGCGCUCGAGAGGCAGCUCGACCCCCUCCUGCACGCAGUAGACCUCCUCAAGACCGAAAAGGAGCGCGAGGAGAGGGCGCUGGAGGAGGACUACGAAACCCUCCGCACCCUCGAAGCGAACGCGCGCUCCGAGGCACGCAACUUCAAAGAUAGUCUCCGCAAGACGCACGUCCUCGUACCGGAGGCCAGGAAGCCUGGCACAGCUUCCGCCUCCGCCGCCGCUGCUGCUUCCGAGAACGUCGUCAAGCGUGACGAGCCAGACUUCAACUUCAUCGUUUCCGAAGAGGGCGUCGCAAGCGGCACGCCGCUCUUCAAAGACCUCGAGGACGACGAAUUGCGCGGUCUGGCGGGACAGGUCGGCAGCCACAUGGAGAGCAUGCGGGCCAACCUGCAGCAAAUUGAUGGCGUCGUGCCGCAGAUCGUCAAGACCAGGGCCGCGCUGCAGGACGUGCUGUUUGAGCACUUGGAUCAGCAGAGUUUUGAGAAUGUCUUGUUUGGAUGAAAGACAUGCAGACACAUUGCGAAUUCCGCGUUGUGUAAUUCAGGGGAAUUGAGGGAGCUUGGGAAAGCCAUGGGGAGUUGUGGACGGACUUGGUGUUGGGCUGGUGUUUACAUCGCGGGAUAUUGAUACUGUACAUUGACUACGGAGGCGUUGGCUGGCUGUCUAGGGGAUACCACGGAAUUGAUGAUUCAUGACC